UUUGACUGUAGUUUCCAAGCGAGGCUAGAUAUUUCAACAUGGCGACCUCAAAGAGUGCGAAUACAUACAAUCGUCAAAAUUGGGAAAACGCGGAGUUUCCCAUUCUUUGUCAAACAUGCCUUGGCGAUAAUCCUUAUGUGCGAAUGACAAGGGAAACAUAUGGCAGAGAAUGUAAGAUUUGUGCCCGACCAUUCACAGUUUUUCGUUGGUGUCCAGGAGCACGAAUGAGAUUUAAGAAGACAGAAGUCUGUCAGACAUGUUCAAAGCUAAAGAAUGUUUGCCAAACUUGUUUACUUGAUCUUGAAUAUGGUUUACCAGUACAAGUCAGGGACCAUGCCCUUGGUAUGAAAGACGAUGUUCCUAAAUCUGAUGUUAAUAAAGAGUAUUACACUCAGAAUGUAGAGAAAGAGUUGGCAAAUUCAGAUGGUACCACACCUGGUGGAACUCUGGGUAAAGCCAAUGCACCCAGUGACUUGCUACUGAAACUGGCUAGGACCACACCUUAUUACAAAAGGAACAGACCCCACAUCUGUUCAUUCUGGGUAAAGGGAGAGUGUAAGCGUGGAGAUGAAUGCCCAUAUAGACAUGACAUGCCGACAGACCCUAAUGACCCUCUAGCUGAUCAAAAUAUAAAGGAUAGAUACUAUGGAAUGAGUGAUCCUGUAGCAACUCGCUUACUAAAACAGGCAUCCUCAAUGCCGUCCCUUGAGCCUCCUUCUGACAAGUCCAUCACUACUUUAUACGUUGGAGGAUUAGAGGGAAAGGUGGAAGAAAGUGAUUUGAGGGACUACUUUUACCAGUUUGGUGAGCUUCGAUCCAUAACUAUGGUUCCGAGACAAAAUUGUGCAUUUGUCUGUUUCACUGCACGAGCAUCAGCAGAAACAGCAGCAGAGCGCUCUUUUAACAAACUCAUCCUUAAAGGGCGGCGACUGAAAAUCAUGUGGGGAAAGUCACAAGGACAGCAACCUGCCCCUGGAAAGCAAGGAGGCACUUCUCUAGCCCCAGUGCCGGGACUGCCCGGAGCUCUUCCACCACCUCCUACAGAUGAGAAAAGCCAAGCAAACUUUUUCAACCUUCCUCCAUCCUCAGCACCACCAGCUGCUCUCCCCUCUAUACCGCCCCCCUUACCUCCUCCUCCUGGGGGGCUACCAGGCAUCGCUCUUCCUCCAAUGGGGCAUUCUUUACCUCCACCACCAGGUGGCUACCCACCUCCUCCUCCUCCAUUUGGUCAUCCACCAUUCAGACCACCCCCCAUGCCUUUUUAUGGGGCACCACACCCACCUCACAUGCCUCUGCCUCCUAGACAUGGAAUGCCACGCCCUCCACCUGGUCCUCCUCCAAUACACUAUCCAUCUCAGGAUCCUCAUCGUCUGGGUGCAGGGAAGAGUGGGGAAGGAGGUACUCGUCCACCAGCCCCUGCAGCUGCAAGCUCUUAGACUGCUUAUUAGUGGAGUGGAACUACAACUUAAUUUACACAGAAUACUGUACCAGUGUUUGGAACAGACCACAAUAAACAUGCUCUAAAGGUGUACAUAUAUCAGUACACUGGGGACACUGGAACUGUGUUGAAGCAUGUGAUAGUACAGGAAGAGGUCUUUGAGUUCUGGAUAUAGUGUAUUCCCAUUCUUAUCUUUAAAGUAAGCAUUUAAACAGUGGUGUUUCCUCACUUUUUCUCUUAAACUGAAUUAAAGAAUACACAGUACUGUAAAUUAAAGCAGCAAGAGUGAAGGUGUAGUUAAUUUCUAUCUGCAGCUGUUUUGCUUUCUUAGGCUACUAUGAUGUGAAAAUUAGAGGGCAAUCAAGGGUAACUCUGUAGCUGUCUUAAUUGGCAAGAAGUAGUUUACAUGUACAAUUCUUUCAAUGGGAUUUAUUUUACUCCUUACUUCCAACUUUCCACUCUAUGCAUCCCUUGCGAAGGUUUUUGAGUUAGCUAGGUGAGAUGUUAAGAUUUACUAAUCAGCUCUUUGUUCAACAUUUUCAUUAAAAAAUAUUUUUUCAAAAACUUAGUCAGGUAGAUUCAUUCAUUCAUUAGUCAGGUACCAUUCCCUUGUGAAGAAUUUUCCAAUAUGGUUGGCUUUAUAAUAAACUUUGUAUCAUUCCCACUUGAAACCAAACUCCAAGUUAUAUUGUUAAAAAACCACACUGUACUCCAAUCCGUUAUGUUACCAUUCUUAAUAUGUGUCUUCAAGGUUAUUAAUAUCAAAAUGUGCUUCAUACUAGCUGUCAAAGCAUGUAAUCUUAUUAAUAAUGCCAUUAUUUUAACUUCUCAUAUCUUUAAGAAAAACAUCCAUAUUUUAGGAGGGAUUUCUUCCAGGUACCUAGAAGCUAUUUGAAAUUAAUUCAAGUCACCUUACAAUCAAAUGAAUACACUAAAUAGAAGAGUUGUACUUCUUUGUAAAGAUUAUUCAAAUUCACUUCUUUCUAUGACUUGCAAACAGUUUCAAGGUGUUACAUUAUUUCAUGCAACAAAUGGGCAAACUCCCAUGCCAGCUAAAAAUUACUGGCCAUAACGGUUAAUGCUUGGAAUUCAAAAUCUUUACAUUAUUCAUACAAGCCACAAUUUGUCAGCUCCUUAUGAACGUUAUUAAAAGAUGACUGUUAAUGUA